CCAGUUCCGUCACUGCCUCUGAGACCGAUUCGGAAGAAGAGAACGACCGAGAUGUCUCCAGGAAAAGGAAAAGACCUAUGAACGUCACGUAUGUGCACGGCUCCAUCCUGAUCUCAGUCAUCUGCUCCUUUUUGCUUCGUUUAGCACCCUCCCCAAUCAACAAUGUGCCUAACUGCUGAUGCCUUACGUUGAUAGCUGUGAAGCCUGCAAGCAAAGAAAGGUCAAAUGUGAUCGUAAUCAGCCCGCCUGUGGCUGGUGCACGCGCAACGAUCAUCCAUGUGAAUACAAGGAACGAAAGAAGCCAGGUCUUCGAGCUGGCUACGGCAGGGAGCUCGAAGGCAGGCUCGAUCGCCUGGAAACCCUCCUCGCUGAACAAGGUCAACAACUGGCAGCUCAUCUGGCCGAUGCGUGUACGUUGACCUCCAGUGCUAUUGUCAAUCCUGCUGUUCCCAGGUCGAGCGUGCAGGGGAUGACGCCUGAUGCACAAGCGCGAGCUUCUUACGAUGCUCAAGCGGCGGCCUUCGGUCGGGAGACGCCUUUCCAACAACAACAACCACAACAACAGAUCAUCGAUCCAACACUGCGGCCACCAAGCUCGCGUCAUGGAUCGUUGCAGUAUCCCCCAGGCCAGCAGAGUCUUCCUGACCAACAAAUGGGUCAACCACAGAAUCACUACACUCCAUCAGCGCAAUCACACCCCAUCACUUCACCUCAUUCGACAAGUGGAUAUCAAGGAACACAAGUCUUCAACGAGCACACUGCCUUGCUUCCUCCAUAUGACCUUCUAUAUGCGCUGGUCGACUUGUACUUCAAACACGUCAACAACUGGCUGCCGUUGCUGGACAGGAAAACCACACUUGACACAUUGUUUGGGCCAUCAUCCCUUGAUGAAGCCGACAGAGUGCUACUGCACGCCAUAGUUGCUACGACUUUGCGAUUCUCCCAGGAUCCUCGGCUGACACCGGAAAGCCGACAACAUUAUCACGACACGUCCAAGCAGCGUGUGCAGUUGUUUGGUCUGGAGAAUUCGAACGUUAGAGCGCUCCAAGCGCUUGUCAUACUCGCUCUGGAUGUGACGGGCACGACCAACGGACCUCCGGCGUGGAAUCUGCUGGCUUUGAUUAGCAGGAGUAUGGUGCAAUUGGGUCUCGCCGUCGAAUCGAGUUCGAGCCUGACAUCACCUAUGUAUCCUUCAAUCGCCACCUUAAGAGCGUCCGUACUUCCAGAACCAAAAAGCUGGAUUGAAGACGAGGAGCGGCGUAGACUGUUCUGGGCGGUCUAUCUCCUUGAUCGAUAUGCAACGAUCGCAACGGCCUUCGAGUUCGCCCUCGAUGAGAAAGAGGUGGAUCGUCGAUUUCCUUGCCGAGACGACCUUUUCGCAGCGAACAAGCCCGUCGAAACGAGGUGGUUCCGGCCUCCCGAGCGACCUCGAUACACAGCAAGCAUGGUCGACACCCAUGGACACUUCUCUUAUCACUGCGAGCUGAUGGCUAUUCUCGGUCAAAUCCACCAGUUCUUGAAGCGGCCUAUAGACAUUGGCUCACUGACCGAUGUAGAGCAGUGGCAGGGUUCAUACCGGGCGCUAGACAGCGACCUGAACGCCUGGCAUUUCAGUUUGCCCGACGACUUUGCGAACAUCACCCGCCUUCUCAAGUCGAACGUGCCUGCUAAAAAUACCAACUGCGGCUGGAUAAUGUUGCAUGCGGCAUACUCUUUGACCGUCAUUCGAUUGAAUUCAUCGGCGGCUUAUCCCAGUCAAAGCUCACCAAUAUUCUCCUCGUCCCAUAGCGCGAUGCAGCGAUGCCUCUCCGCAGUCGAGAAUUUGCGCCAGCUCUGCCGGUUUGUCAAGCUCAGCGGACUGCUCGAUAAACUGGGGCCCCCAUUUGGUUUUGCUAUUUGGGUGGCAUCUCGUGUUAUGCUGGUACACGGCUCGACAAUGGACCAUGAGGUGGACCCAGACAUUGAUUUCUUCGUGACGACCCUGUCUGAAAUGGGCGAGUACUGGCUUGUUUCCAGAAGGUACAGUGAAAUAUUGAACAGAGUGCUCGGGGAAUAUCGACAGUCGCAACGAGCAAGUGGGGUGACAGGGGAGAUCAUGACUCCAUCGACGGUCAAGAUACUCGCCGAUAUGCGACGUUGUGCCUACGACCUGGAUUUUCUGAUAUCCCGCCAACCACAUGCGGCGGCUGUUAAGUCAUAUCAUCCCACAAGAGCAAAUACACCAGCCCCCAAUGAGCUGGAGUACUUGGAUGUAUUCGACCUAUUCAACUUUCCACGUCUGCCAAUGGGCAACGAAGGCUUGGAAAAUGGAAAUACCCAAGGCAUUGGUCAAGCCGCCCAUCAGGAUCUCGGAGCGAUGAACCCUGCGAUGAUCCCAAACUUUGCGGUGCCUAAUCCUGAAGCUGACUGGCUAUUCCACAACGGCUAGAACGUGUUAUUCGAGGCAAGGCAGACUUGCGAAGUCUGAUGGCAUCAGUCAGCACUGGCAGAGUCAACAGAUAGCAGUUUUACGCCGCGAGCCGAGGUUGGCGGCUUGUAACAUGCAGGAAAUCAGGACGUGUCGACCUUGGAAUU